AUGGCAGGCCCCAGAAUUGCCUGCAUCGGCGUGAUUGGAAAGGCAGAUAACCCUCUUCACAUUUCCCUAUUUCCCCCGUAUACGGAUUCCAGUAUCGAAUUCUCCUUUUUAUUGAACUCGUGCCUCGACAUCUUCGAAAUUCGGUGCAAACAAACCUCCGUCGAUCAGGAUCUAGGCCUGUUACAUGCAAUCGACGAGCGACUCGCGGCCUACGGCUGGUUGACGACGACGGGAGUAAAAUUAUUGAUCAUCGUGGAUUCAUAUGGUCAAGAAGAAGCUAGCACUGGAAAGCAAGCGAGGGGGGCGGUUAAUGCGUUGAGAGAUUCUGAUAUGAAGCCGGCAUUCUGCGCUUUACAAAGUGCAUACAUACAGCUUUUGCAGAAUCCUUUCUACUCCCCUGAUGACCAUGUACCUGUCCCGGGAAAUAAAGCAGCCUCUGUGUCCGCUUGCCAGCCAAUCUCCAAUCAAAGGUUCAUUGCGGAUGUGAAACGCAUCGGCGAGACAUGGGCUCCGGGUUCCUCUGCAUAG